AACCUGAUGUACAACAUACUCCAAAAUCAGAGAUAAGGUCAAGAAAAAUAAAUAAUAAAUGUGUAAUAAACUAUUAUCUGGACGCCUACACACUUUCACUUUUAAAAUUUAACAUUUUCUCGUCAAUAACCCCUGGGAUAUUAUUCCAUAGAAGGCUAUCUUAUUCAAUGCUAUGAUAUUCCAAAUGGCUGUUGGGGAUCAGCUAUUAUGGGAAAAUAAAUGGUUGAAUAUUUAUGUGUGUUCGGUAUCUUCCCCAUGAAUCUUUUGAUCUCUGAAAUCUUUUUACAACAAAAUGUGAUUGUAAAAAAAGAAAUUGGAUGGCUGCGUGUAGUGAAAAGUCAGUCUGACAUAAAUAAACUAAAUUUUUGAAAGCACCCAUCCAAUCAUUUGAUGAGAACCUGCAUGUCUACAAAUUUUAAAAAUCAUUCCCAAUAACAAAGAACCUGCUGAUAGUUUGUUGGAUUUUAGCAAUUUUACUAUUGUGAAUACCUUUCAAAGGAUUAAACUUUAGCUCAGUACUGGUGAUCUUUGAAGGUUCUAAAUGACAAUUCAGCAUGACUGGCUCAAACACCAUUGAGGGAACCUCAGCACAGCUCCCCACAAUGGCAGAAAUUGACUGACUAAUAUGGACAUGCCAGACACGUUUCCAUUUGCCCUGGAUGACUUGUUGAUUUUAAACACCACUGUGAUCCCAUACAACUCCAACACCACAGGGCUAUACAGCAACUUUGUCAAUAUCAUCAACUCCACAACAUGGGCAAACCUGCAGCCGCAGAACAUCCAUGAAAGAGCAGACGAAAUCUUCACCAAACCAGAAAACAUAAUCACCCUUAUUUUGUGUUUCUUGGCGCUAGCCAUCAAUGCCAUGUCCAUCGCUGCCACCGCUCACAUUCCACACGGACUGACCAAUCACUCCAAACUAAUCAUCAGUUUAGCGGCGUCCGAUAUCCUCGUCACAAUCAGCGUUUUCAUGCACAUACUUAUCAAGGUCCUGGUGGCUCCCAUCAUCCUCCCCACUCUGGAUAAUAUGUCUGAGAGACUGACCUCUGCAUGCAUGUUCCAGUUCGUCAAUUCCAUCAACAUCACCGCACAUAUUAUUUCAUUGCUAAAUCUGUUUGCGAUGGCCCUUGACCACUACAUUUCAAUUCUGCAACCCCUACACUACUAUCAUAUCAUGAACCGUUUCCGUGGGAAUCUCAUGAUCACAGUCUUAUGGGUUACGGCAUUCGUUGGAGGAUUUUCCAAUUUCUUUGCUGGAUUUGCAAAGACAGCAGAAGACAGUUAUAUGAAUUUCUGUGAAUAUACUCUUUACACAGAAUAUCAAGCAGAAUAUAUUGUGAUCAUCAUGGCUUUGAUUUGUCUGAUUUCCAUUUCAGUCAUCUACAUACGCAUAUACCGAGAGGUGAAGCGAAUUAAUGCAAAAUGUGCAACUCUUCUCAAAGAUGGUUUGCACAACAAGAAAGCCCUUCGUACCACUUUACUUAUCAUCAGUACAUUUGUCGUCUGCUGGUUGCCAAGCAUGACAUUUCAAAUAGCCAUGAUUAUACAAGUACACGUCAACACGGAUUCUGUGAAAGAUCUCUUCGAGACUCUGAUCCGUGCCAACAAAUACCUAUACGCUCUCUUAAUUGUAAAUUCGCUUUGUGACCCCGUAAUCUACGCAGUGCGACUAAAAGAGGUGCAGCACGGGUAUUUCAGACUACUGUCCCGCUGUUCCAAGUUUUAUCAGGACAAAGUUCGACGGGAAAUUUACAACCAGUCUAGAAUUUCUUACAACUGUAAAAGGAGAUCCACGGAAAACACCAUAAAAUUCCUUCUGACUGACUUUAAUUCUAACCAAUCCACUUCUGGGCUGAAUCGAGACCCUUCCUCUCCAUUAUUAUGUGACGAGGGUGUUGUGAGUGAGAUGUAUUUUUUCACGAGAGAAACAUCGAUAAAACACUCCAGGCAAGAAUCUACAGACACCCAACACUGUGAAGUUCUUAUUAUUUCUUCUGAAAACCAAACUGAACACACAAAUGACCUCCGAGAUAAUUCUCAAGGAUUUCAUAGUGACAGCUUGGUGUCAGUUAAAGAAAGCAAGCCAAGUACUGAUGAUAAUUUUUCUGGAAAAGUAGUGGAAAAUUGCCCCGACGGACAAUCAUAUAGUGCUACGAACAAUUUCCAAAAAGACAAUGAAAGUACAGCAGAAUCGGGACAGUUUCAGCCUAUCUCUGUGCAAAUGCCUGAGGGAGACAAAUUCUCUCACAACGCAAGUGAAACAUUCCUGUUCAAUUCUAUACAGAACAUAAGUACUGUUUAAUACUCAAUCAUGUUCACUCAGUGAUAUGUGAUUAUGUGGUAAACUUGUAUACAGAUUGUGCUCUCAAUAAUUAGGCAACUAAGGCAAUUAAUUCAACCAAUCUAAAAAUGAUCUUGUGCUGGUGAUAAUGAGCAAGAUAUCUUUUGGAACAAAAUUUUCAAUCGUCAUGAAAACGCAACAAGAAUAUUGCCUAUAAACAAAUUAACAGACUGUUUUCGUUCCAUGAGUUAAUGUGUUUUCAUUAAACUAUGACAGAAUCAUACUGAUUUAAUAGAAAUCAACACUAUAAUAGUGAAAAAAUUUCUGCCGCAUAUUGUAGUCAAGGCAUUGAGUUCUUUGUAAAAUCAUGACAAGAACUCCACAAGGCAGGGUAUAUUUCCUCGCAAUAAGUAUCUACAAGCUUUUUCUUUGAAGUCCCAUAGUGACCUUAACCUUUGAUCCUAAAAUCAAUAAGGUUCUUCCUCGUUUGAUAACACAGCUACAUGUGAAGGAUUGAAUCAAUCAAGCAAAAAAAGGCCUAUAGAGUGUCUAAGAGCUUUAUCUAUGAAGUCCCAAUAUGACCUUGACCUUUGGAUUCCAAAAUUAAUAGGGUUAUUCCUCUCUGAAAAAACAAAGCUACAAGGGGAGUAUGAAAUUCACGGAGCAAAAAUAUGGCACAAGUUCACACCCACCCACACACGAACGGACCCAUUGCAAUGCCCCCUCUCACAAUUCAUUGCAAGCGGAUACAAAAUCUUCAUGCCCGAGUCUAAACUGUUUAAAUAUACAAAAUUGAACAAUCAAUGGAUGUCAAAUUUUCAAAUUGAUUUAUUUCAUGAAAUAAUGAGUGCAUUAUACGUUAAUAAACAAAGGAGAUUAUACUAUUUUAUACAAUAACAUGAUUUCUAUGAUUUUUUUUUUUUUUACAUGAUCCUAUUGAUUUUUAGGUCAACGACCAAGUCACUAACUCAUAUAAAAUAUCAUUAAACAAUAAAAUUGUAAAUAGAUGGUUACUUUAGUUUUCUCCAAGCUUGUUUAAUGACAUUUAAGCUAUAGGUGAAUCUCCGUAUCAUAAGAUCGACCUCUAUUGAUUUUGAGAUCAAAAAGUGAAAGGUCAUAAUUUGUAUAAAGUAUAAAAGUUUUAUACUGUAAAUCUAGUCAUUUUCCCCUCUUUAACAACUGGUAUCUACGUGUUUACUGGUAAUUAAGAGCAAGGCUUAUGUUUUCAAAAAAAAUAAUUACAAGAGGCCCACGGGCCUUAUCGGUCACCUGACUACUACUUAGAAGUAUCACUUGCCCCAAGGGCUAUGAAAUCUAGGAAACAAAUUUCCUGUUCUGAAUAUCAAAGCUAAAUUCUAACAUUCAGCAGCAGUAUCAAACAAGACGUGUUCUUAAAACUUCACUGCCCUCAAAAGUGCAUACACUGAUGAAAAGCUUUACAUAAUAUAAUAUAUGUAUUAAUAAACAUGAAAAGAUAUGACUAAUAUAGACCCAUCCUAGAGUCAAAACCCUGGGGUUGCGAAAUUCAUCAUUUUUUUUUUUUUUUUUUGCUACAUCCUUUUCUGAUAAUUCUAAUUUGCAUUUAGAUUUUAUAUGGUAUCAGCAACCUUAAAGAAGUCCUUUAAAUCAUUAUAAAAAUUUUGGCCCCACCCUGAAACCAAAUCCUUACCCCUUAUGAUCAUGAUAUUUACAAUUUUGGUAAAGGACUACCUGCUCUUUCUAAAUAUCCAUUUAGUUUCAAUUUAGUAUCAAUAGCACUAAAGAAGAUAUAUGUUAUUAAGUGUUUUACACAUAAACAUUAUAUACAAGUUUGGCCCCACCCUGGGGUCAGAAUCCCUACCCCAAGGAUCAUGAAAUUUACAAUUUCGAUAGAGAUCUUCUUGCUCUACAUCACUAUGCAUUUAGUUUUUCUUACACAAGUGCAGUUGUAGAGAAGAAGAUUCUUGAAAAUUGGUCAAUUUUGGGCAAUUUUUGCCCCACCCCUAGGGCCCCGGAAUGCAGGUGUCUUGAAAUUUACAAUUUAUGUCACCCUUAUCCCAAAGAUUUUUCGUACCAAAUUUGAAAAGAUUUAGAAUAGUAGUUAUCAAGAAGAAGUUUUAAAUGUUCAAUUGUUAAUGCACGACAAUGAUAAACACGAUGAUGAACGACGGACAACAAACAACUGCAAUAACACACUAACACACAAUGACACACAACAUUAAAAGUUUAAACAUGAAGUAGUUGCAUGAUGAAAAGAUACAAACAAGAAAUUCUAUUUUCCAAAAUUAAUGAAAGAAUUAACAAUUUAAAAAACAACAAACCACAAGUCACUCUCUUUUUCAAGUUGUACAUAAUUUAAAUCAGAUAGAAAUUAUUUUCAUUUACCGUCUUACAUUGAAAAUUGUGUUACCAUAUAAGCAGAAUUUUUUAGCGAGGAUUUAAUUUUAUUGAAUUAAUUUAUGGAAAAAUUGCUAAAUUUGUGUCUCGCUAAAAAUUCCACUUCUACAGUAAUUGAUAAUAGACACUAACAAAAUUUGUGACGUAAUGACCCAGAUUUUAGUUGGGGUUCCCAUGCGGUUUUUCUCUCUCCAUGUGCAUGUUUUUCUCUAAGUAUUCCAUUCACUUCUACUGUCCUUAGACAAGAGAUAAAAUUCCUGACUAGCUUUUAUUUUUUUCCCCCACAUUUUAGCCUCAUUAGAAGUCGAUAAGCACAAGACACACCUUAAUUUGUGAUAUUUAUAUGCCAUUACCAUACUCCAAAGUUUUGUCAAUUAAGAUUAUAUGUUCUGAACAUUACUAUACAUUGUUUUAACAAUCUCUGGAUUUCAGAUGCUGCCUCAGAUUUAGGAUUCUGAAAUGUAUUUAUUUCAUGCACUUUUUAUAUUUUACUUCAUGAAAGUCAAAUAAAUUACAAAACACUCAUACAGCAUAUUGUAUUCUGUUCCUGUAUAGUUUUGAAUAAAAUGCUUUGAUACAUUGAAA